CUGCCUGUACCUUGCUGCUCCAGGCCAAGGUGAUGCAGACCCUCAGGCGAUUGUAAACUUUCACUGUUGCUAUUGCUUUCAUAUACAAGAGAAAAGGUGUUCAGUGUUUGCUGGAGCAGUCAUCAUGAAACAACAGAUAUUAAUUGCGCUUCUGCUUGCUGUGGCAGCCUCUGCAGUUCAGCAAGUUGAGAUUCAAGAAGACGAGGCACCUCCACAACCAUACGCAUUCAGCUAUGCUGCUGGAAGGCGUCCUGGUCAUGUGGACAGAACCCACUCAGAAACCAGAGAUGAACUUGGAGUUGUUAGAGGCCAAUUUUCCUACGUCGACCCCCGAAAUCGUGUGCGAACUGUCCAGUAUGUGGCGGACGCGAAUGGAUUUCACCCAGUUUUGAACACAGGAUCCGCGCCUGUGACGGACACCCCAGUUGUUGCAGCAGCCAAACUAAGGCACCUUGCGCUGGCCGAGAAAAUUGCCGCUGACCACGCUCGCAUUGCUGCAGAACGAGCAGCGCUUGCUCCUCCGUCAGAGCAAAUUCUCGACGGUCACUUGUAAUUAACUGAAAGAGCAGGGCAGAAAAAUUAAAUAAGAAUCUAAUGCAUUUUUCAUAAUCCUGUAUUGUCCUUUGACGUAAGAUAAAUCUGACAUGUAAUAUAUAUGCUGCAAUAAUUCUCUCACUGGGAAGCUAUACAGAUACUGUUUUCGAGUGGAGUAGUUUUGCAAGCUUUAUACUUUUGAUUUCUUUGUAACAGCAGUAAAUGCAGAUUUAACUAAAAUUAAAAUUUGGAUAACAAAAGUUGA